UUGCAUUUGCAUUCAGCAGAUUGAGAAGGAUGAGUCAAGCAGCAUCCGGAUCUCAUUCCCUCGCGUUUCGGGUUAUGAGGCUAUGCCGCCCUUCCUUCAACGUUGACCCGCCCAUUCGCCUCGACCCGGUCGACCUCUUCGUCGGCGAGGACCUCUUCGACGACCCCGACGCCGCCGUCUCCACCUCUCUUGUCGCCGGUGACUCUGACUCUGACUCCGAUCCCAACUAUCGUAACCGAUUCCUCCUUCGUCACUUCUCCGAUGCUAUGGGACUCUCUGCUCUCCUCGUUCUCCCUCAGUCUUUUGGAGCCAUUUAUUUGGGAGAGACUUUCUGUAGCUAUAUAAGUAUAAACAAUAGUUCCAAUUUUGAAGUCAGAGAAAUUGUUAUUAAGGCUGAAAUUCAAACAGAGAGACAGAGAAUACUCCUUUUAGAUACAUCAAAAUCACCAGUUGAGUCGAUACGUGCUGGUGGGCGUUAUGAUUUUAUCGUGGAACAUGAUGUGAAAGAGCUUGGACCUCACACGCUGGUCUGCACUGCAUUGUACCACGAUGGUGAUGGUGAGCGUAAAUAUCUUCCCCAAUUUUUUAAGUUCAUCGUUGCUAAUCCACUUUCCGUUAGGACAAAGGUCCGUGUUAUCAAGGAAACAACCUUUUUGGAAGCUUGUAUUGAAAACCAUACGAAAUCAAACCUUUUCAUGGACCAAGUUGAUUUUGAACCCGCUCAGCAUUAUAGUGCAACAAUACUUAAAGGUGAUGAGCACCAUUCCGAAAAAGAUAGUAUUACAAGGGAGGCAUUUAAGCUGCCAGUUCUAAUUAGAUCCGGUGGAGGAAUUUACAACUAUCUUUAUCAAUUAAAAUUGUCACCGGAUGGUUCUGCUCAAACAAAAGUAGAGGGAAGUAAUGUUCUUGGUAAACUCCAGAUAACAUGGCGAACAAAUUUGGGUGAACCCGGUCGCCUGCAGACCCAACAGAUAUUGGGGACUCCGACAACAAAGAAGGAGAUUGAAUUGCAAGUUGUAGAGGUUCCAUCUAUCAUUAACCUUCAAAGACCUUUCACGCUGAAACUGAAUCUUACAAAUCAGUCAGAUAGAGAGCUGGGCCCGUUUCAAGUUAGCUUAUCUCAAAAUGGUUCAUAUGGGGAGAGAGUUGUUAUGAUUAAUGGCCUUCAAUCUAUGGUUUUAUCACAGGUUGAGGCUUUAGGAUCCACAAAUUUUGACCUGAAUCUCAUAGCUACUAAACCUGGAAUUCAGAGAAUCACGGGCAUUACAGUGUUUGAUACUAGGGAGAUGAAGUCUUAUGAACCACUUCCUGACUUAGAGAUUUUUGUGGACGUGGAUUAAAAUUAUGGCUACCGCAACUAGUUUUGUCAGAAAUGGGAAACAGUGCCAUCUUUUCAGAACGUUGAUCUGCUAUUUUCCGCAGGUCAUGUUCUAUAUCAUCAAUGUUCCUAAUCAGAUCAACCAAGUUCCCAAUUGGCGACUCUCUGAUGCCUCUAGGCUUUGAUUCUCUUCCAGUUAGGGCCAACGAAUCUUGCAUGAUCAUCAAAGCCUCAUUGGACUGAUUGCAAAGUUCUGUAACUAAAUUGGAGUAAUGGGUGGUUGGUUACGUGCUGUAAGAGGCAAAGUGCUUUCUUUUAUUGGGUUCAAGGAGCUCGGUUGUUGUGAUUGUUAUUGCAAACCAAUCCGUUGUUACAAUAUAUUUAUCUAUCUGCUUAAUCGUCACCCCCCCGUAGAUUAGAUGGUUUACUCCACAGUUAAAUCAUAUUGUAGUAAAUGGUCAAUUAUACUAAUGUUGUCUCUUAAGAGUA